AUGCCCAGAGAGGCAGGAAACGGGGCCAGCCAGGGGGACUCGGGAGCGGCUGCACUUUCCUGUCCCCCGCCGAGGAGAGCGGAGGAGCAGCGGCCCGUGGCCUGGCGAGUUUCCCCGGAGAGGAGCCGGAUUCCGGUGCAGGGACGGAGCGAGGAGUCCGAGGUGCAGGAGGGCGGAGCAAGAGGGGGAGGAGGAGAGCAGGUGCGCCUCGCCUGGCAGAAUCAGGCCCCGAGUCCAGCCAGAGGCUGCAGGGCGCCCCCCAACCGGACAGGAAGGGGAAGGGGCGCAGCUGAGGGGCAGGGCAUCUGCAGGAGGGCACAGGGGCAAACAUCUCUGGCUCAGGCUGGCACGGACCCUGCCGGAGCCCUGGGGAGCUGCUCCCUUCAGUCCUGAGCUCAAGGGGCAGAAUGAGGGGUCCAAGGCAGCUGCUGCUUCGCGAUGGACGAUGCAUAUAGUCGUCUGAUGAUCAGCGGCGUACCUGGGGCUUUUGCCGCCCCUCUCCCUGUCCCUCAGCAGGGAGCCCAGCCCAUUUCGACGGUCCUCCCCACGGGGGAGAGGGAAGGGGAGGCAGGGGGGAAUGGAAGAGCACUGCAGCGGGGGUGGGGGUGGCUCUUACUUUGCAGCCCCCUGACACCCUUUGCAGGCCACUACUCCUGCCCCCCCUUCCUCUUCCAGUGCCAUUGAAAAAUCUACCGCCCUCCUUCGUGAAUUAGUCUGAUCGCCUUUGAAAGCUCUCUUUGCCACCACCAUCACCGCAUCUUCUGGCAAUGAUGUCCAUCCGAUUCAUUUAGCAAGGAAAUGGCUUCUUUUGCCUGCCCCAAAUCAAAGUACACUGUGCCUUUAUUAGUCAGGGCUAAUAAAACAGCUGAUAGAUCCAUUCCCAGGAGAACACGUCUGAACUUUCCCCCAAGCUAUCAAAGCUAGUGUGUCUGCGUGUAGAUAAGUGAGAGAGCCUUAAAGCAUGUUUUGUUAAAGGUUUUAUCUCCCACCUUCCCCAGUAAUACGGCUGAGUUUUCAGACAAAGAGUUGAAGUGGGUGACGGUUUUGAGAAUGCAGAGGAAAGGAGGAUUCUUAAGAAGAGUGGCACAUGUAAAUGAAUAAAAACGUUGAAGACAGUAUUGUAAAAGACUGAGGAAGGCGAAAUUGAAAUUAGCUAUUCAUUUUCAGAUUAUUACUCAUUUCUAUACUGCUUCAUAUUUUUAAGGGAAAAAACAAAGUAAUUAGAGAGAAAUUUCGUUGCAGUUUAUGUCCAUAGGAUGUUGAGAACAUUAACUCUGUAGAUCCAGGAGUUCUCUCCUCCUGAUAGUCCCAGAUUUGAUUGUUCUUUCUGAUAAAGGAGGAGGAACAAAACAUUUAUGGGCUUAAAGCUGCAUUGAUUCUGGAGGCCACAUUCCAGUGAGCUCUGUGGCCAAUGUAUGCACAUGCAUGCGCACUCAUAAAAGAGAUGCAGACCAUAAAGUCACAUGCACACACGCCAGAGGUGCUGCACGCACUCACCAGACAUGCCAUCUAGCAUACAUACAAGUCUUGCAAACUCAAUCAGCAUGUUUAGACCUUCCAACCCCAGUUCUGGGGUGGGGAAAAAUAAGAGCACAAGAAGACCCUGCUGAAUUAGCAAUGAGAUCUGUGGAAAAAAGACCCUUCUGAUUGUUCUUUAGAAAUCCUCUUUAAAGAGCAGCCAGAGGGAUCAUUUAUCUCCAGAUCAGGGCUUCUAUCCCAUUUCAGCACUGUGCUGAUUCCUGCUGACAUUGGAGUUUAAAGGAUCUCUCUAAGGGCUCUUUAAGGGACGCGGGUGGUGCUGUGGUCAAAACCACAGAGCCUAGAGCUUACCGAUCAGAUGGUUGGCAGUUUGAAUCCCCACGACGGGGUGAGCUCCCAUUGCUCGGUCCCUGCUCCUGCCAACCUAGCAGUUCGAAAGCACGUCAAAGUGCAAGUAGAUAAAUAGGUACUGCUCCAGCGGGAAGGUAAAUGGCGUUUCUGUGUGCUGCUGUGGUUCUCCAGAAGUGGCUUAGUCAUGCUGGCCACAUGACCUGUACACCGGCUCCCUCAGCCAUAAAGCGAGAUAAGCGCCGCAACCCCAGAGUCAUCCGCAACUGGACCUAAUGGUCAGGGGUCCCUUUACCUUUACCUUUAAGGGCUCUUUAGACAACUCUCUCUCUCUCUGGGACAGACAGAGAGGUUCAUCACAUGAUGAGACCAAGAGAUGGAAACCACAGGGACUAGCAGGCCACAUGAAGUGGGUUAUUUGGUUUUGUUGGUCAAUAUUCCUUCUCUUUGUUUGUUUCUUAGGCUGUGCAGACACCAUACAUUUAAAGCACGUGUCUUCCCCCAGAAAAUCAUGGGAACUGUAGUUUAUUGCUACAGUUCUCAGCACCCUUAAGAACUUGGGUUUCUUGGGUGAAGUCAUAUACUUUAAAUGUUAGGUUGGUCUGUCACAGCCUUAACCCUAUAGAAAGAUCUGUUGUUUCUUUUCCAACAUGCUAGAAGUUGCAGCCAGGAUCAGCAUUCCCUGUCCACUGAACAUGCUCAGUCCUCUCACUGGGUUGUUUUUGGAUUUCCCUCCCACUGCCUUGGUUCUCCCACCCCCAAAUAUUAUUUGUACUUCCAUAAACCUUGGGGUUUCCCCAAGUCUGGAUAACUUCUUCUUGUGCAUGGGUGGGGUGGUUUGGGUGACAUUGUCAUUCACAGCCUGAACAUAAGAAUUAGGAGUAAUAAUAUAUUUCAAAAACCGACUACAGUGGAACCUCGGGUUGCAGACAUAAUCCAUUCCGGAGACUCAUCUGCAACCCAAAGUUUCCUCAGGCCGAGGCACUGCGCAUGCGCGCUGUGUGGUUUAGCGCUUCUGCGUAUGUGCGAGCGUCGAAACCAGGAAAUAACCCAAAGGUAAGCAGAAGGUUACGUAGCCCGAAGGCAAUGUAACCCAAGGCACCACUGUAAUGGUUAAAAAAUAUGCUUUUGUUUUUAUUCUUGAGUUUUAUUCUAUACUGUUACUUUACUUUGUGUUGAUUUCCUUUCCAGCAGGGCAGCGUACAAAUGGAAGAGCAGAGGCCAAGGAGACCCAUUCAAAGGGCGAGACUGGAAUCCAAAGGGAAAAAAUCUCCUGCGGACCAACUUGGGACCAUUAGGGAUCUUCUGCCUCGGGCAGAUUUACAUCAAAUUAAGCAGGAGUCAGAGGAGGAGGAGCCACAGCAGCACUGGGAUGCCCAGUGGCAGGAUUUCCUGAAGACGAUGCAGCCCCCUCGUUCACGGUGGGAAACCCCACAAGCUCCCAGUCCUCCCCUCUCUGGGCAUGGUGUCCUUCCGGCCUCCUUCAGGGGAGCUGCGGAUGCCAGUCGGUGGCCCAGUGGGAGAGCAGGGGGGACAGACCAGACCCUGCCAGACCUGAGUGGGGAGGCACACGAGGAAGGAGGGGAGCAGAUUUCCUCUGUGAAAGUGAAGGAGGAGAUCCUGGACGAGGAGGAGGAAGACGCCAACAUGAGGUCGGAGAUGGAGCGGCAGAGCUUCAGGCGGUUCUGCUACCAGGAGGCCGAGGGGCCCCGAGAGGCCUGGCUUCGGCUCCAGGAACUUUGCUCCCGGUGGCUGAAGCCAGAGAGGCGCACCAAGGAAGAGAUCAUGGAGCUGCUGGUCCUGGAGCAGUUCCUGACCAUCCUGCCUGCGGAAAUGCAGAGCUGGGUCAAGGGAUGCAGGCCAGAGACCUGCGCCCAGGCGGUGGCCCUCGCUGAGGACUUCCUGCUGCAGCUGCAAGACACCGAGGGGCUUCUGGGAAAGGUAAGUGCCUUCCUCUCACCUGGGUCUCCAGCAUCUCAUGGUCUCAGGUCCAGUGCCUCUAGACAUGGAGGUUCUGUUUAGCUAUAGCAGGCACAUCCAAAGCCCGUUUUAGGAGCCUAAUCCGGCCCACCGGUCAGUUUAAUCCAGCCCCCAGAGGCAGUUCCUUCUCUGGGUUCUAAAAAACGUUCAGCAAAUUUGGGGUAAGAUCCUAAAAAAAAGCUCAACAACUUCAACCCUAAAAAAAGCUCAAGAACUCAUGCAUGUUCACUUCAUCAAAUCUGGCCCCCUUUGGAAAAAGAUUGGGCACCCCUGAGCUAUAGUGACAAAGAUUCAUUGACAGGCCCAUCCUCCUCACUGCAUUUCUCUCUAAUCCUUAAAAAAAGGCUAAUUAGAGCAAACAUCUGGAGGCAUUCAAAGCAUCUUCGGGGGACUUUGGUUUUCAUCAGCAUAGCAGCUGUGGCGAAGGAGGUUUCCUUCCUAUCACCGCCGUCUUCCUGAUCUACAUUGCUCCCCCACCCUGUCCAUAAUGCUGUUUGCUCCCCAGUGAGGGGGGGGGGGGAAUCUAGAUUUUUCUUGUGGUUUCAACGCUCCCAUCUGCAGUGUAAGAUUGUUGUAAUGUUUGUUGAGAUGAUGCCCAUGUUCAGGACAGGUGAUUGUACCUUGGCUUAUUAAACAUGGAAAGGAAUAAGCCAUUUAUUUAUACAAGAUCAGUGGGACUCACUUCCUGGUAGGUGUGUAUAGGAUUGUAGUCAUUGAGAUGCUGUUUAUCGAAAUAUAGCAGCGUCUCUGCUAAUCUGCCUUCCAAUGUGUUGUGGGGGUUACUGGGUUGUUUUUAUUUUGAAUGUAUUUUGAAUGUAUUUUUUUGAAUGUAUUUUGAAUGUAUUUUGAAUGUAUUUUUUGUCCUGGGACCUGCGGUAUACAAAUUUUAAAUAAAUAAAUCUGGAUUUGCACCCGUGUUUCUGUUCCAGGUGUCUUGGCCUGCAGAAGAUCUUGCUAAUUCCCCAAAGUCUGAACAAGAUCUGUUAGACACAGCAAACAUUCAUCUCUCUGCAGAGGCUGAGGAGGAGAGCGAAGAGGAGGCCAGCUUUCUGGGUAAGGGAUAGGGGUCUGGAUCCUCUGGUCGUUUUGCAGUUUCUGUGGCGAAAUUAUCAGGCUGCUUUUGACAGUGAAAGCUCUGAAAAAGCCACUUCCCAAACUAGCACCUUCGAGGGAUUUUGAGCUGCAACUCCCAUCAUCUGCAGCCAGCAUUACCUGAAGGGAUGAAUUUGGGAGAAUGCUGUUGUGGGGGGAAAGCCCAACUUUCACCCUCCUUUUCUGAGACCCAGAUGUGAUAUGCAGUGCCUCUUCACAUUUAUUUACCGCGCAUGGUUUUUUUUUUGUUAAUGCAAAUAACAUUUUCAAGGGGUGGGUUGUUGUCAGCUCUCCUGCAGCUGCCGUUUGCAUUGGGAGGAAAGCCUUGAGUGGCACCCAGGUCUCUGCCCUUUAGAUCUCUCAUUCCAUUUCUAGAGCUUGAUACAACAUGGAGCAAGUGGCUGUUCUGGUUGACUAGUAUAGGCUGAGCAUCAUCUAGAAAAGGGAGAGCUUUUCUAGCUUCAGUUGCAAACUGAAAGGCCUUAAGAUGCCCUUUGCCACGUUCCUUUUUAAAAUUGAUAUAUUUUAUUUAAUGCAUUUUGUUUAUUAAAUUUCCUUCUAGAAGAAUAUAGUGUUAUUAGUAGUAGCAGCAACACCACAGGAAGCUGUCUUUUAUCAAAGUCCAUUGAGCUCAAUAUUGUCUACUGUACGCUGACUGGUACCAAACCUUCAGGCUUUCUGUCAGCCCUACCUGGUGAGGUCAAGAAAUUAGCUGUUAUUGUUUCUUUGACCCUGCCAUUCCUCUUGCGAGAGGCCAGGAUGGCAAACAAAGCAAAGUUAAAACCACAAUGCGAAAUAAAAUACAUAUAAAAUUCAAUAUGCCAGUGAGCCGUAGAUUGUACAAAUAGUACUACCUUCUUUGGAAGCCACAAUACAGUUGUCCCAUCGACAAAAUAACAAAGUGACAAUCUUUUAAAGUUUUCUUCUCCAUAAAUUUUACUGCCAUCAACUAAUUCAUAAGCACAGUUUAUGUAAAUAUGUGUUACAUGCUUGCAUGGAGAAAGAGGAAAGAGAAGUAUUAAAUUAAAUUGCAUGUUGUUAGGCUUAGUUAUAGAAAGGAAACAAGGAAGGGCCAUAGCUUAGUGGUAGAGCAGUUGUCUGGCAUGCAGAAGGUUCCCAAUUCCCAGCAUCUCCAACUGAGGCUGAGAAUGUCCCCUGUCCAGAUAAUUGUUUACAAUGUUCUUUUAAGUAACUUGUACACUUCCCCUAUUCUUUAUUCUAUUUGUUAUCUUCUUGAUCUCUGAUCUUCCCAGUCAUUUUAGCCAUUUCAGCAUAGUCCAUCAUCUCUGUCAGCCAUUCUUCCUUUGUAGGUAGUUUAUCUUCCUUCCAUCUUUGAGCAAGUAGCAUUUGCACAGCUGUCGUAGUGUACAUAAAACAGUCUCUUCCGCUCCUUUGGUAUUUCUGGACCUAAAAUUCGUAGUAUAAAAGCUUCUGUUUUUUCCACAAAUAUUCUGACUCAUUAUAAGGAAGCUUCCUGUGUUCCUAAAUGAGUGUGGCAGUAUAAAAUAGCUUUGAUAAUUGAUCCAAUUUGCAGCUUUGAGGGUUUUUCCUCCAGUGUGGAGUAGAGGUGAGUUUUUGAUUCUCUCUUUGUUCCGGCAGGCAGCGACCAAGCGUAUGAGAAUGGGGGCGAGUCCUUCCCCUUCGAAAGGCACCCACAAGUGGGCAUCAGUGGAGUGUCCUUGGCAAGACUCAACGGGAAAUUUUUCCAGGUUUGUGGGUUGGGAGAGAUGCCAGGCGAUCAACAGAGUCAAGACAGCCACCGGGAGAACUCAGCAGAGGUCCAAGCUUUUCUUUGUGAUGAGAGCAACAGAGGAAGCACCUUCCCCAAGGGAAGCCAGAAGGCGAAGAGGAAAAGGACAGGCCCUGACUGGGGCAGCGUUUUACGCCGGAGCUUUGAUUUCCCUCGGAAUCAGAAGAUGCAGAAGCUAUACACGUGCACCUACUGCGGGAAGAUCUCCAACAACAGUGCGCACAUGAUUAUCCACGAGAGGACCCACACUGGGGAAAAGCCGUACAAGUGCUCAGAGUGCGGCAAGUGCUUCAGCACCAACUGCAACCUUAUGAAGCACACGAGGGUCCACACGGGCGAGAAGCCGUACAAAUGCUCGGACUGCGGGCGGAGCUUCAGCGACAAGGCCUCCCUUAUCGUACACGAGAGAACCCACACGGGAGAGAAGCCUUAUGAGUGUCCGAUGUGUGGGAAAAGCUUCACCUCCAGCUCCAACCUCAUCACACACAAAAGGGUGCACACGGGGGAGAAGCCGUAUAAGUGCUCCGAGUGCGGCCAGAGCUUUGUCCACAGGCCCCAGCUCGUCAUCCACAUCCGGACGCACACAGGAGAGAAGCCGUACGAGUGCCUGGAGUGCGGCAAGAGCUUCAAUCAGAAAGCAGACCUCAUUAUACACGGGCGAACCCACACCGGGGAGAAGCCGUACGAGUGCGCGGAGUGCGGGAAAAGCUUCAUCUCAAGCUCUUACCUCCGGAAACACGAAAGGCUUCACACGGGGAAGAAAACCCAAGCCGGGGAAGAAACCCACAAGUGCAGCUACUGCAGGAAGAGCUUCAUCAGCCGGUCCAAGCUUCUCAUCCACGAGAGAACGCACACGGGAGAGAAACCCUUUGAGUGCGCCGAGUGUGGGAAAAGCUUCAGCACGAGCUCCAACCUUGUCAAUCACAAGAGGGUGCACACGGGAGAGAAGCCCUAUCAGUGCACGGAUUGUGGGCAGAAGUUCAGCACGAACUCCAACCUUGUCAACCACAGGAGGGUUCACACAGGCGAGAAGCCCUACGAGUGCUCGGAUUGCGGGCAGAGCUUCGGCCACAAAGCAUCCCUUAGACGACACAAGAGAAUCCACUCGAGAGAGACCACCUCCUGAGUGCUUGCAUUGCGGACAAAGGUUGAGACCUGCUCUUCUCACAGGCUCGUAGGAAGCUGCCUUAUACCAAGUCAGAGACCAUGGGCCUGUCUAGCUUAGGAAGGGCUGUUGUAGAGCACCUGCCUCGCUCGCAGGUGGUCCUUGGUUCAAUCCCCGGUGUUGCCAGGUAGGGCUCUGACUGUCUUGUCUGAAACCUUUGAGAACCACUGCCAGGUCACUGAGCUAAAUGAACCAGUGGUCUGACUUGGUAUAAGGCAAGUUCCUAUUUCUAGCUCAGAAUUGGGUGCUUCCAGAUGGGUGUUCACGGUGGGAUAAGUGCUCCUCACCUUAUGCCAGCCCAUAUCCUCGCCCAACCCCCCAUUAGUCCAGAUUUACCCUUUUCAGGAACUUUAAAAAAGACCAAGCUGUUGUCAGUGACCCAUUUGCAAUGGCUCUGAACCUGUAAUAUUAACACCCAUCCUUGAAUCACCCAUUUUUCACACACACUAGCAGUGGCUCUGCAGGGAUUCAGGCACCUUCCUGGCCCUGCCUGGAGAUGUCGGGUAUUGAUCCUGGAACCUGCAGGCAAAGCAGUUGCUCUACCUCUGACCUUCCCAGCUAGAACAGGCCUAGACUGCCUGCAAAUCUUGCAAGGUCAGAUUUUGAGCUGGAACACCAGGGAUUGACGAUGGUGCUUUAAAUGUAAAUGCUGGAAGAAUUCAUACUGGGGAUCUCUUUUAACGGUUAAAGCAAAUAAGGACAAUUACUGACCUCUCUCAUCGCUUAGACUCUAGGCCGGGGUGGGGAACCUCAGGCCAAACGUGAACCUUCAGGUUUCACUGUCUGGCCUUCAUAAUUAUUAUUAUUAUUAUUAUUAUUAUUAUUAUUAUUAUUAUUAUUUACACCCCACUCAUCUGGCUGGGUUUCCCCAGCCACUCUGGGUGGCUUCCAACUGAAUAUUAAAAACAAUACAGCAUCAGACAUUAAAAACUUCCCUAAACAGGGCCACCUUCAGUUGUCUUUUAAAAGUAAAAUAGUUGUUUAUUGCCUUGACAUCUGCUGGGAGGGCAUUCCACAGGGCAGGCGCCACUACCGAGAAGGCCCUUUGCCUGGUUCCUGUAACCUCACUUCUCGCAGCGAGGGAACCACCAGAAGGCCCUCGGCGCUGGACCUCAGUGUCCAGGCUGAACGAUGGAGGUGGAGACGCUCCUUCAGGUAUGCAGGACCGAGGCUGUUUAGGGCUUUAAAGGUCAGCACCAACACUUUGAAUUGUGCUCGGAAACAUACUGGGAACCAGUGAAGAUCUUUCAGGAGCAGUGUUAUGUGGUCCCGGCGGCCACUCUCAAUCACCAGUCUAACUGCUACAUUCUGGAUUAAUUGCAGUUUCCGAGUCACCUUCAAAGGUAGUCCCACGUAGAGUGCAUUGCAGUAGUCCAAGCGGGAGAUAAAUAGAGCAUGCACCAUUCUGGCGAGACAGUCUGUGGGCUGGUAAACAGCUGCCCUGGACACAGAAUUGAUCUUUGCCUCCAUGGACAACUGUGAGUCCAAAAUGACUCCCAGGCUGUGCACCUGGUCCUUCAGGGGCACAGUUACCCCAUUCAGGAUCAGGGAGUCCUCCCUUCCAGCCUGCCCCCUGUCUUCCAAGAACAGUACUUCUGUCUUGUCAUUAUUCAACUUCAAUCCGUUAGCUGCCAUCCAUCCUCCAACCGCCUCCAGACACUCACACAGGACCUUCACUGCCUUCACUGGUUCUGAUUUAAAAGAGAGGUAGAACUUUCCCCAGGCCGCUCCCCUCACUGGCUCCUGCACCUUUCACCAGAAGCAUCCAGAUCUCACAGGCAGAACACGAGGAUGUAAGAAGUAGCCUUAUUCAUCGAGACUGGUGUUAUGCAUUCUGACAGGCACGGGCUCUCCAAGCUUUCAGGUGGAGAGUGGGCCUUCCACAUCACCUGCUGGAGAUGAGCCUUACGUGGACAAAUUGUGCUCUACAACUGAGCUAUGGUGCCUUUUGAAAAGGUCCCGCAUUGGGUUCCUGGAAUCUCCCAUUAAAAAAAAUAUUUGAGAGCGCUGUAAUUCUGGGACAAUGGAACCAAUGGCCUGACCUGGUCAGUAUAAGUUGGCUUCACGUUUCCCCCAUGGAAAAGGGGGGGGCAUGAAGAUGGUGCAGACAGGGCCUCUCCUGACCUGUGAGCAUCUCCGUCACAUGUUGUUUAGCAGGUGUUGGUGGCCAUCCGUCAUGGAUGCUUUGCAUUGCAGGCAGUUGGACGAGAAGACCUUUGAGAUCCAAUUCUGCAAUUCUGUGUGCCCCCUGUUCCCCCUCACUUGUGAAUGGAGCCCUUUCUAGGUAGGGUCGGGAAAGACUCUGUGCCUGAAACUAUGGAGAGCUGCUCCCAGUCAGUGCAGACAAUGGGGGGGGGGGCAGUUGUAGCUUAGUUUGCAUGCAGAAGGUUCCCACACCCCCAUGAAGGACUGGGAGAGACCACUGUUUGAAACCCUGAGGAACCGCUACCAGUCAGUGCAGACUAUUCUGAGCAACAUGGACCAGUUUGGGUCACAUCUAAUGUUCCUAACUGAACUGGCUCUACAUAACUACUAGCUAAUGUUAUUAGGGCGUACAAACAGCAAAGGCUGUUGAAGAUGACACUUAAUUGCCCCUCUGUGGGACAUCUUUCUUCCCUGGGUUAGGGAAACAACUCUAGCAUUUAAAGAAUUCACCAAUAGUUAAGUGAGGUGAUCAUCUACUGAGGACAUAGUGUAGUAUUCCUAACCUAUGACUUAGAAUUAUUUUGAUUUAAAUAACAACAGUAAUGAUAAUUACUACAUGAGGCUUGUCUGUGUUUUUUCCUCUUUCUGUCUGUUUAAAUAAACUUCGUUGAUUUUGUAAA